AUAUAAUAAAAUUCAUGAAAUUUUAUUUAUUGAAGAAGAUGAUUUUUAUUAUAAUUAUGAUGAACAUAAUGUAUAUGUCAGAAAAAAGUUUUCACCAAAUUUACUUUUCCAUCCUUUAAUAUAUACAAUCGAUUGUGCAUAUUUUAAUUUCCUUCUUUCUUUUAUUUCUGAAAGGAAAAGUAGUGAUUCUUCAUUUUGUUUUUUACCAAAGGAAGAAUUAAAAACAAACGAAAGUAUUAAUUGUGGUGACGAUACAAAAUGUUGUCAAAAUGUAAUAAAUAAUCAUCCUUUUGGAAAUUAUAAUUUUAAGGAAAGUGAUCAUUCUCAUAAUUUGCACACACAAAAAAAGUUACCUGAACAAGCAAUAAUAAAAAAAAGAAAAAAAAAAAUAAUAAAAAAAAUAAAAAAAAAGAUAACCUAUAUUUAUGACAACGAUUAUAAUUUUAAACAAAAUUUUAUUAUCACUAAAGAGGAAUAUGCAAACAUUUGUAAAGAGUUUUCAAAAGUGUAUGAUAUUAAAAAGUACAUAGAUGAUCAGUCUGAUGAGUUAUACAAUUUUUAUAGGAAAGAGAGGUGUGCAGGUAAAGUGGAUAACACAAAUGGGGAAAAUAUACCAAAUGGGGAAAAUAUACCAAAUGGGGAAAAUAUACCAAAUGGGGAAAAUAUACCAAAUGGGGCAAAUGAGCCAAGUGAGCCAAAUGAGCCAAAUGAGCCAAGUGAGCCAAAUGAGCCAAAUGAACCAAGUGAGCCAAAUGAGCCAAGUGAGCCAAAUGAGCCAAGUGAGCCAAAUGAGCCAAGUGAGCCAAAUAUACCAAAUGAACCAUAUGAUAAAAAUCGUAUGUUAUAUUUUGAUGAUAAGAAAGAAAUUAUUGACAUGGAACAAAGUAGAUACGAUAUGAAAAGAUUGUAUGAAUUUAGUUUAGAGAAUAAAAUAUAUAUGAUCGAUAAUAACUUGAAUGAGAAAAUAAAAACAUAUAAUGGAGAUAUUACGAACAUAAAAAGUCAUGCUAUUGUUUUGUUUGCUAAUAAUAAUUAUAGAUAUUCGAAAGAUAUCUGUAACAAUUUAUUUUCAUCAAGUUUAAUGAAAUUAGAAGAAGAAGAAAGGUUUGAAAUAAAGAAUAAAAAAAGUGGAGAAGUAUAUUUAACAAAUAGUUAUGAUAAUAUACAUAAAUAUAUAUUACAUAUUAUGUUACCUAAAUAUAAUAGUAAAUUUAUUUUAGCUACACAUAAUACUAUGAAUUUAUGUAUUUAUGAAAUUUUAUAUGUAUGUUUUGAAAAAAAAAUAGAAACCUUAACUAUUCCAAUAAUAAAUUUUCAUAUGUUCUUCCCAAUAAAUAUAUUCUUACUAACAUUAUUAAAAAGUAUACGUUCUCUAAUUAUGAUCCCUCAAUUUUAUAAUACAAUCAAAAGUAUUAUAUUUGUAACGAAAUCGAAUCAUAUAUAUUUCCUUCUAUUGAAAUAUAUGUCCAUAUUUUUCCCAAGAAAUAAUCAAGAAAAGUAUCUCUCGACCAACAUAUCUAUAGUGGGAAAUAAAUAUGGGGCGAUUGAUGUUCGGAAUAGGAGCAUCCGCAUUUUUAAGAGUUUAAGGCGAAUAAGACGAAAAAAAAAAUACAAUCAAAUGGGAAAUGUGGAAAAUGUGAAUAAAAUGGAAAAUGUGAAAAAUGUGGAUAAUACCAAUAACGUAGAUAAUACCAAUAACGUAGAUAAUACCAAUAACGUAGAUAAUACCAAUAACGUAGAUAAUACUAAUUACAUGAAUAACAAUAUUGUUGUACAAGAAAAACUUCAUUUAUCAGACGGUAAACAAUUUCAUAGUGAUGAUUAUAAAUUUAAUAUAUAUGAAAAAGAAAAAAAGAACGAUUUUGAAAACUAUUCAUAUAACAAAAGUUUGUCAUCUUCAAGUUAUACAUCGAAGAAUUCGAUGUCUUAUGAAACAUCAGACGAAUCGUCACAUAGUAUUUCACUUUCAUCAUCCCAUAUAUCUUACUCAUCUUCUUCUUGUUCCACAAUUUUUAAACAUGGAGAUACCGACUUUAUCAAUUUAAAAGAUGAAAAAGAAAGUCAUAAAAAUUUCUUUCAUCUAAAUCAAAUAGAAAGAAAAGAAGAUUUAAAUUUAGAAAACUGUAUACGCUUAGCUUAUAUGUAUGAUAAAAAAAAGAAAUUUGAGGAACUCAAAAAAUAUUAUUUUAUUUAUGAAUAUGGAUUAGAUCAACUAGGUAGACAUACCAUCGUGAUAAAUUUUGUUCACUUCCCGUUAGUAUAUGAUAAUCAUUUAUUAUUUUUUUAUUUAAUAUUUUAUUUUAAUAAUAUUAUGAGAAACCAUUUUGUACUUUUAUUUAUUUUUUCUGAGAACAUUUCUACGAACAUUACCAGUAUCUUAUCUCUUUUUAAGGAUAUUUUUCAGCUCAUACAAGAAUUUUUAAAAAACUUAAAAAUCGUUUACUUUUUUAAUUAUUCUUUAAUGUUUAAAUUUUUUAUAUAUGUCUUAUAUCCUUUUAUACCUGCGACCAUAUACGAGAACAUCAUUUAUUUGAACGACACGACG